CUUCCUAAAAGUGACACAUAAAUAUUAUGAAAACCAAUCAAAUCGAGUGUUGAAUAAUGAGCACCGUGAGUCUCUGCAGCCACAGUUGUGGAUCUUAAUGACGAGGCAGAGGGUGUGUUUUUAACAACCGUGGCUGAGUUAACACCAUCCUCCACCACAGCACACGUCACACAAUAGGGUUCACCCUGCUAUAAAAUGUGGGGAUGCGAGCAUGCAGCAUGAAGUCUUCCACCCUCUCUCACACCUCCCUCCCAAAUUCACCGUCUCUGGACAUGAGGAUCUCUCAGAGAGGACGUGACUGAGUGGACGCUGACAUCUCCUUGGUGACACACCGACUUCGAGGUUACGACAUUUCCACGCUCUCUAAGCCAAAACAAACAGAUCAUCUCCUCACCAUGACCAGGAAGGUGUUCACCAACACAAGGGAGCGCUGGCGCCAGCACAACGUCAACACGGCUUUUGCGGAGCUGCGUAAACUCAUCCCCACUCAUCCUCCUGAGAAGAAGCUGAGCAAGAACGAGAUCCUCAGGUUGGCCAUGCGCUACAUCAACUUCCUGGUGCAGCUGCUGGAGAGCCAGGGAGGUCAACCGGCCGGACACUCUUCCACCGCUCUGCUCAACUUGCUCAAAGGCAACAUGGAGCGACUGCAGUCUCCUGCACACACGUGGAUCAGUGACACUGAGGUUCCUUCACCGGGGUCCAGCUCUGACAGCACCGAGGCCUGGUAGAAAUAAAAUAAAAUAAACUGUUGUUUUAGUUUGACAUAAAAAAAAGACAAACUCUGAAUGGAUCCUAACUUCCUGGUUCUGAAACUAUCCUUGUCCUGUCACCUGUGUGACUCAGAGCAGAAGACGUGUGAUUUCCGUGGACCCUCAUGCAGCUGCAUCCACUCUGAUCUGUGUUAAGUUAUAAUUAGCAGCAUGAUGUGUAAAACCUGGAUAAACUCUGUUCCCUGUAAUGUCAUCAUGUUAGCGUACCUCACUGCCAUCCUGCCUGAAACUCCUUUAUUUUUGGGGCAUGGUGGGAUGUUUUGCCAAAUGAGGAAAUAGGGAGGAUUUUCUCUACUAAAGCAUUAGAUUCUGUGAGACAUGAGAGGAGAUAAAGGCUCAGCCUGUUCUCACAAAGCCAGUAGCACUUUUUAUUUAACUCGACAUGCUUUGUUUCUUCGUCUGAACUGUUCACUAACAACGAUUUUCAAAGGAAGUUUCUCAUCAUUUAAAAAAAUGCAAUAUCUUGGAUUGGAUUCCUGAGUUUGAGGGGGGAAAAAAACUGACAAUCCAUUUCUAAAAAAAAUUUAAACCUCACCAAGCAUCUUCUGUUGUUGUCUGUAAAGAAGGCAUGUCACAUGGCCAAAGAAGAAAGAACUGAUUGUCUACUGUGAAGUGUGUGUGUGCAUGAUCCUCUAAUACCUCUUUUGUAAGUUAUUUUUUUUAAUACAGUAUGGUAUUUAUUUCAACUAUUUAUUCAAUAAAGGAUUUGUUUAUAAAAUAGAUUUGUUUUAAUUUCUUGAAUUUAUUUAUUCCAAUCAUUG